AGUCCACCAUCUGCAAAGGAGAUCGAGAAAAAUGGUCCGCAUGCACGGUAACGGCCGCGGCAAGGCGUCUUCUGCCCUGCCCUUCCGCCGCACUCCGCCGUCGUGGCUCAAGGUUGCGAGCCGCAACGUUGUGAAGAUGGUGUGCAAGAGCUCCCGCAAGGGUAUGAUGCCGAGCCAGAUCGGCAUGGAGCUUCGUGAUUCGAUGGGUAUUGCCCAGGUGAAGAACGUGACGGGUCGCAAGAUCCUGCGCAUCCUCAAGCACAACGGCCUCGCCCCGGAGAUCCCGGAGGACCUGUACUUCCUGGUCAAGCGCGCCACCGAGAUGCGCAAGCACCUGGAGCGCCAUACCACCGACCGCGACACCAAGUACCGCCUGAUCCUCGUGGAGUCCCGCAUCCACCGCCUCGCCCGCUACUACAAGCGCGUCAAGCAGCUGCCCCCCACCUGGAAGUACGAGUCCGGCGCCGCCGCCACCGCGUAAGGCACAAAGGAGUCGAUUUCUCUUGUCAGUGUGGCUCACCCACGAUGACUUUGUUUUACUCAACUAAUUUCUCUUUUUCAAACUUUACU